AUGGUGCAAAAAAAGUGUGCUACGUGUAAUAAAAAUAUAACCAAGAAAAUUCCCGGGUUAGAGUGUAGUAGAUGUGAUAAAAUAGUUCAUGCAGACCCUGCUUGCUCUAAACUCUCAAACAAACAGCUUAACACUAUUAGGAACACACCAGGCAUUGAAUGGAGUUGUGAGGUAUGUAAAAAAAACGCUUCGCGAAGAUCGACGUUUUUUACACCUGAUAACGAAGAAGAUGCAGAGGACACAGAUGGUGAACUUCCAGGAAGCUCCCAAUCUAUUGACACCCGAAAAUUGGUCCAGGAUAUCAGCCGAGAGCUUAAGAAAACAUUUAAGGAAGAAAUAGGCAACCUGGAGGCAUCCCUUGACUUUUUAAGCGACCAAAUUUCCAGUAUGGAGCAGACAUUAAAACUGCAGGAUAGUGCAAUCAAGAACCUGGAGCAUAAGAAUGAUGAUCUUCGUAACAAAAACAAAAACUUGGAGCUACGUGUGAACGUUCUGGAACAAGGUUUAAAAGCAUUCGAACAAAAAUCCCUAUCGAUGGCGGUCGAAAUCGCUGGUAUACCUGAAAUGUCCUCAAAAGAUGUAGACAAAUUGGUGAGAACUAUGGCCUUGAAAUUAAGCGUGCCUGAGGAAGAGUUUCAAUCAGCUCAGCGGCUACCAGGCUCUAAGAAUAAGCCCGGCCCCAUCCUGGUAAAUAUGAAAUCGAAAAUAGCCCGCAAUCAAUUAAUGGAAGCUAGUAAGGAUAAAAACCUCACAGUAGGAAUGCUGCUGCUUAAUGCCCCUAAGGAGAAAGUUGACAACAGAGUGUAUAUAAGAGAAGCCCUAACCAAGUAUGUAAAAACACUUUUGUAUAAUGCCAAAACUCAACUAAGAAGCUCUUUCCAGUUCAUAUGGUGUAAGGAUGGUAAAGUGUGUGUAAGAAAAUCCAGUGAUAGUAAGAUCCACUACAUAAGGUCUGACCAGGAUAUAAGGCAACUGCUAGCCAUUUAA